AUGUGCUCGCUGGUGACCUGGUGCAGCGUCGCGCUCCUCUGGUCUCUCAGCCUGGGUCAGAACCCCAACGAGGGGUCGAGCUGCGGUCCCGGUCGCAUUCUGCGCGGGAAUGGGAACAACUCGCGCUGCUGCCGUACCUGCCCCCCAAGCAUGGAGACCUGUCCAGAGAGGGAUUGCAUGUGCGUCCAGCCAGAGUAUCACUGCGGAGAUCCAGAGUGCAACAACUGCAAGCACCACCCAUGCCCACUGGGCAAGGAGGCACAGGCCCAAGGGAAUUUCAAAUUUGGCUUUACAUGCAUUGACUGUGCUCCUGGAACCUUCUCUGAGGACCAUGCUGGCCAUUGCAAGCCGAGGGCUGACUGUUCCCGGCUUGGAUUCUCCACUGUGUUUCCCGGAAACAAGACUCACAACACUGUGUGUAGCCCAGUGUCCACUACUGAGCCAUGCCACCUGCUGACCCUGGUCCUACUUGCUAUGGCCACCUGCAUCCUUGUCCUGGCUGCCACCCAGCUGGGCCUGUGCAUCUGGGAGCUAAGGAGAACACGUGUGUGGCACCGAGGGACGCAGCUGCCCCUGGAGCUAUCACCCGCUGAGGACUCUCGAAGCUACCAGUUUCCUGAGGAAGAACGUGGGGAGCGGCUGGUGGAGGACAAGGGCCAUGGCCGGCACAGGGACUUGUGGGUGUGA